GGAGAUAUGCCUACUUUAUCCAAUCUGACACAGAUGCUGGAAGAUGUCUUCAAAAAGAUUUUUAUUACUUAUAUGGACAAUUGGCGCAGGAACACAACAGCUGAGCAAGAGGCCCUACAAGCCAAACUGGAUGCUGAGAACUUCUACUAUGUCAUCUUGUACCUCAUGGUGAUGAUCGGAAUGUUCUCUUUCAUCAUUGUAGCUAUCCUGGUGAGCACAGUGAAAUCCAAGAGGCAAGAGCACUCCAACGAUCCCUACCACCAGUACAUCGUGGAAGAUUGGCAAGAGAAGUACAAGAGUCAAAUCUUGAAUCUAGAAGAAUCAAAGACCACCAUCCACGAGAACAUGGGUGCAGCAGGGAUCAAAAUGGGUCCUUGA